UGGCGGGAGCCCCACUCUGUACUGCAGCACCGUCCCUGUACCACCUCCAUCACCACACAUCCACCUCUUCCACCACCACAGCUGCUCGGUGGGUCGUGGCAGCAGCGGUCGGUAACCCAGCAGCAGCAACAGAGUGGUACACCGUCCCCGGCAGCAGCCAAGAGCGGACGCCUCCGCUCUGACCGUGAUCUUGAGUUUAACUGACUGACCUGCCGCUACAGUCUUGCAAACACUAGUUUCUCUCUUGCACACAAAAACGCUGCCAGUAAGAGGCAAUUUUCAGCAGUUCCUUAAAUUUCACUGAAAAAAAAGACAUUGAUCAGUUUUAAAAUCUAUAAAAUAUCGGUAGGAAACAGAGGAAAGCAAGGAACACCUAGACUACCAAGCAGUGUACUUUGUAAGGUAACCCCAGGAAGGAGACUUCAACGCUGAGGGAAGUAGUGAGCCACACGCGUGUCAAUACUGCCUUCACCAUGAAGAUUCUUUUGCUCCUGCCUCUCUUCUUUGGUGUGAGUCUGGCUCGAGGCUCACGCGGGUGCUCCCAGGUGUGUCCCAAGGAGAUCAAGCCAGUGUGUGGCAGUGACGGUGUACUGUACUCCAACUACUGUGAGAUGAAGAAGUAUAACUGUGACAACAAUGUGUACGUGGUACCGGACAGUCAGUGCCUGAGAGCACAUGGUGCCAGCUGUGAUCACAAGUGCACCAACACCUACGACCCCGUGUGUGCCUCUGACGCCCGCACCUACCUCAACCUCUGUGUCCAGCGCGUCGAGAACUGCAGGUCCGGCGUGAAGUUCGCACACUAUGGCGUGUGUGUGGGUGACAGCAACUCCACGAGCUCCUGCCCGACUGAUUGUUCGUCUUCCCCGAUGGACGGACCCAUCUGUGGCUCCGAUGGUAACGUGUACAACUCGACCUGCGAUCUCCAGCACAGGACCUGCGGGCAACAGGUGGCCAAGACGUCUUACAAACAUUGUCAAACCACCAAACACUGCCAAGAUGUUUGUCUUUACUCCUUCAAGGCUGUGUGCGCCUCAGAUGGAAGAAUUUACAACAAUAAAUGUCAGAUGAAGAUUAGGAACUGUGGGCGACACAUCUACCAGCGACCUAUGGGUGAGUGUCGUCCCCAGGAGAGGACCAGCGGGGCCUGCCCAGUGUCAUGCAAGGGAGAGAAGGCAACACCUGUGUGCGGUUCCAAUGGCAACAUCUAUGACAGCGAGUGUGACAUGCGUCGUCUGACAUGCGGGUCUGGUGGGGCAGGUGCAGUCUACAAAGUGGAUCUUGAGAAAUGCCUGAAGAAGAAUGUUAAGUGUGCCAAGAUGACCUGCCCUCCCAAUAUUGAUGACCCCGUUUGUGGCACUGACAGCACUACCUAUGCCAACUACUGCCUUCUGCAUAUUGCAACUUGCAAAAAGGGAGUAGAGUUAGCUCACCAUGGGAGAUGCUUCGACCAUGCUCUGGAGGACGAGUGUCCCAAUGAUUGCCCAAGUACCAAGGAGGAGUACCCCAUUUGUGGCUCUGAUGGGAACACUUAUUCCUCCUACUGUGAGAUGAAGAGGAGGACUUGCAACCAGAGAGUGGUGCCUGUGGCCCUUCACCACUGCCGAGCCACCAAGGAUUGCUUCACUACAUGUGACAAUGAUGAUGUUGCCGUCUGUGCUUCCGACAAGAAGAUAUACCGCAAUGAAUGUGAGAUGAAGACUAGGAACUGCGGGAAACACAUUUACCAGGUGCCCAUGGACAGGUGCCUCUCUGGGUUUAAGUUCUUCAGCUGUCGAAGAAUGUGCUCUGCUAUGUAUGACCCUGUGUGUGGCACUGAUGGCAAGACCUACAGCAAUGACUGCUUCCUCCAGAUGGAGAACUGCCGUUCCCGGAGCCUGGGUAGAAGCCUCGUUACUCGUGUCUAUCACGGCAAAUGUGGCCAGCCUGUCCCACAGGCCAAGCUGUACAUGUUUAGAUAAGGUGCUUUGUCUUUUACAGUUCAGAUCAGUUGAAAAUGUGCAUUACUGUACUACGAUGGAUUUUUGUGAUUCUCUGAAGAUCACUCUUCAUGGAUAACUAAGUGAAAUGAACACUUGUCGGUGCUCAAUAAUAACCCAUAUGGAGACAAACUCGGAAGAUUAAUUGGUCUGUAUUUCAAGGCCCUUCUGAGAUCCAUCUCCAUGUGGAUUAUUGAGCAUCACUCUUCAUGUCUAAAGUUCCUUUCAUGCAUCAGCAAGGAGAGGCUUCAUGUAGAGCCUGAGAACCUCCUAACAAAGCUGGACCUAACAAAUCCAACUUUGACAACACAAAGCCAGUUCAUAAAAUGGAAACCUGUGGUACAAGACCUUUAAUAAAAUGAACACUGAUUAGAAAGAACAUCAAAUUACAGUACUGUACUGUAGUAUAAAUUUUUGAGCAGCAUAUGGAUUUAAUUUUCUUUUUAGCAAAAUAUAAAUGUAAGUAAUGUAUUGAAUACAUGUACACACACACAAACACACACACACAGGAGGCUAUGCUAACUUUAUGCUAGAUUGUUGCUUAGUAGAGUUCUUUCUGUAGGGUGAUAGGCUAAACC